CGCGGACGCGCCGCGGCGAGGGACGUUUUCAAGCUCGCGCGCGAGAGCGGGAUGACGACGAUUCGCGCGUGGGCGUUUUCGGUGAACCCCGCGGUGCCGACGUGGGUGCGCGUGGGUGAGAGGCAUCGCGAGGACGUGCUUCGAGGAUUGGAUUGGGCGCUCGCGGAGGCGGCGAAGCACGGAUUGGAUUUGCUCUUGGCGUUCGGCGACUACUGGCACACGACGGCGGAAAUCGUGCGAGAGUGCGCGCCGGAGGACGCGGAGACUGAGGACGCCGAUCGCGCAUUUUUCUCGCGUGAAAGCUGUAGGGAAUUGUUUAAAUGGCACGUGCGCACGAUUUUGACGCGGAACAACACGUUCACGGGCGUGACGUAUUCGACGACGCCGAACGUCUUCGGGUGGAAUUUGAUGAACGAGCCGCGGUGUCGAGGAUGCGACGACGCGCUUCAGGACUGGAUCGACGACAUGGCUGCGUACGUCAAGGCGUUCGAUUCCAAUCACAUGCUGACCGUGGGUGAGGAAGGAUUCUACGCGCACGACUCGAGUUCAGAGGGAGGCGCCGCCGCCAAUCCCGCGGCGUGGGCCGCGACGACUGGGCAAGAUUUCAUUCGCAACCACGCGUCGAAGCACAUCGACUUCGCGACGAUUCACGUGUGGCGAGACAAUUGGGCGGUGUAUUCGCCGAACGUGCGAUUCAACGCGCAGAGAUUCACUCGAAAUUGGAUCGCAACGCACGAGCGCGAUUGUCGCACGAAGCUCCGGAAGCCGCUCUUAAUCGAGGAAUUCGGC